UUCAUCUUUAAAUCAACCCUAUACACUUUGGGACUACCAAGUUUACAAUAUGGAACAGACCUUGUCCUUUGAAUUUGUGCACAAAUUUGUUCAGAACACCGAAAGAGUGAAAUCUGUUGAUCUGCAUCCAACUGAGCCAUGGGUUCUACUGGGUUUGUAUUCAGGAACUAUUUCUAUUUGGAACUAUCAGACAAAGACUGAGGAGAAGUCUUUGAAAAUCAGUGAAUCCCCAGUGAGAUCAGCAAAGUUCAUUGCAAGGGAAAAUUGGAUUGUUGCAGCUUCGGAUGACAAAUACAUUCGCGUCUACAAUUAUGAGAAAAUGGAAAAUGACAUAGAAUUUGCGGAACAUAAAGAUUAUAUUAGGAGUUUGGCUGUUCAUCCUUUCCUGCCAUACGUAGUGUCAGCUUCAGAUGAUCAUGUUCUAAAAUUGUGGAAUUGGAGCAAAGGUUGGUCUUGUGAUGAGAAAUUUGAAGGGCACUCACAUUAUGUGAUGCAAGUGGCAUUUAACCCCAAGGAUCCAGCUACCUUUGCCACUGCAUCCCUUGAUGGCACCUUGAAGAUUUGGAGUCUUGAUUCCUCUGCUCCAAAUUUUACCCUGGAAGGGCACUUGAAAGGAGUGAAUUGUGUUGAUUACUUCUUAACCAAUGACAAAGAAUAUGUUUUAAGUGGUUCUGAUGAUUACACUGCCAAGGUAUGGGAUUAUCAUUCUAGAAGCUGUGUACAGACUCUUGAAGGACAUGGGAACAAUGUUACAGCAAUUUGUGCUCAUCCUGAUCUUCCUAUAAUAAUAUCAGCUUCAGAAGAUUCUACUGUUAAAAUAUGGGACGCUGUCACCUACAGGCUUCAAACCACGUUGAACUUUGGUCUGGAGAGAGUAUGGAGUAUUGGAUACAAGAAAGGAUCAUCUGAGCUUGCUUUUGGUUGUGACAAAGGAUUCAUCAUUGUUAAGGUGAAUCUCAUAGCUGCUAAGUGAAACAAGACUUCAGAGAAGGAAGACUCUAAUAAGCUCUAGUUAUGCUGAGGCUAACUACGAAGAGAACGUGAUAUUCAAUAGUUGGUUGUUGUUUCUAAGUGUGUGUUUGGAUUCACGUUUGAAACGUGAAAAAUCACGUUUAACAUGAAGCUACACAUUGUAGCUUCCACGUUAAACGUGAUUUUUCACGUUUCAAACGUGAAUCCAAACACGCACUAAGUUAUUACCGGAAUAAAUUAAGGGUUAAUCAUCCAUAUAUAGUUAGUGUAAAAUUUUUUUAUACCAACAACUAAUCAUAUUUUUUAAAAAUUAUUUUAU